AUGUCCCUGGACGCAUAUCAUCAUUCGUUGCUAUCAACGAGUAUAAAUUUCAAGAAAUUCGUGAGGGAAUCGGACAGCAAUCCUGAGGGAGAUGAAUCGUCGGAGAAGAGAGAAUUAAAUUUUAGAGGUAACGAAGCGCGGAUAGCUUACGAGGAAAUUAUAAAUGAUCGCGUAGGUGAUGAGAAAAAGAAAAACAAUCGUGAUAAGCGAAGAAGGAGCUCGCAUUCUGAGAGAGAGAAACUAGAAACGCGUGAUCGCGAUAAACCGAGAGAACCGCGUAAACACACUACAAGAAUAACAGCAAACUGUGUUUUAAAGGCGGUUGAAAGUGGGGAUUUGAACUUUUUGGAGCGUAACAUAACGUCAGUGAACGUAAAUAUUUCGGAUGAUUAUGGGUGGACGCCGUUAAUGUCAGCUGCCUUUUGUGGCAAUUACAAAAUCGUUGAUUUUCUACUAAAAUUGGGAGCAAACACACGUUGCCGCGACAAGUCUGGCUUUACAGCAGGUGGACUUGCCUCAAAAAAAAAUUAUUCUGGUAUCGUAGCAUUACUAAAAGAGAAACAAUCGUCAAGCAACCCGGAAGCUUCGUCGUCUACAGUAUCCAGUCCUCGAAAAGAUUCGGAUAGAAGGAGGAAAAGAAAGGAAUUCUAUUGCACCAUUUGCAGAGAAAGUUUUAAAGAAACAACCUUAAAAAAGCACCAAACUUCAACUUUACAUAUUUUCAAUACAAAGCCAAAAUUGCCGGAGAACGGAUAUUAUUCAAUUCCAAAGCAUAACAAAGGUUACCAAAUGUUGCUGAAAAAAGGCUGGAACGAAGGAGGUCUUGGGCCUGAUGCUAGGGGCUCUAAAUAUCCAGUGAAAACAGUGCUCAAAAGAGAUCGAAGAGGCUUCGACGAAGGUGCUAGGACCGAGGCUAGGGUGACACAUUUUGGAAGCAGUGAUACCAGAGCAGUUGCUUCUGCAACGAGACAACCGAGAGAAAGAACCCUUAAAAAAAGAGACAGAGAGAGAUUGCUCAGCAAAGAAGCAAGACGGGAGAGAGCUUUUAGGAGAGCUUUGUCCUAACAUCUUC